UCGAUUGAUAGUGAGAUUAGAAAUAACACUGAUCUACUCCUUCUUUUCCUCUAUAUAUAUAGCAAGUAAACUUUCGUUUCUGAUAUAAUUAACCCCAUUACAUUGAAACAAUAAGCAAGAAAAUCAAAGGAGGAGGGGGGAAAAAGCUUUUAAUUUAUAGAGAAUUCAAGAAAUGGCGCCAGUAAAGAAUAAAGAAAAUGCUGGAAUGUUGAAAGUGAAGGGAGUAGUGAAGAAACCAGUUUCUAAGGUGUAUUCUUUUGGUAGCGAUAUGAAGAAAAUAGCAGAAGAUGAUCCAAGGAAAAUUGUUCAUUCAAUUAAAGUUGGAUUGACCAUUGCCUUAGUUUCAUUGUUCUACUACUUUGAACCUUUCUUUCAUUACGAGGGAUUUGGUGUUUCUGCAAUGUGGGCAGUUUUGACUGUUGUCGUCGUUUUCGAGUUCUCUGUUGGAGCAACACUUGGGAAAAGCGUAAAUAGAGGAAUUGCAACGUUUCUAGCCGGUUCAUUAGGUGUUGGAGCUCAUAAACUUGUUAACUUAUCAGGGUCAGAUAAAUUGCAACCAGUUGUACUUGGAUUAUCUGUUUUCUUGAUAGCUGCAAUAGCGACGUUUAUGAGAUUUGUACCAAAACUGAAGGCGAGAUAUGACUAUGGCAUUCUCAUUUUUAUUUUGACAUUCUCUUUGAUCUCUGUUUCUGGGUAUCGAGACGAUGAGGUGCUCGAUAUGGCGAUUACUCGGGUGACGACGAUCCUCAUCGGCGGCGCGGCGGCGGUUCUGUUUAACGUGGUCAUAUGCCCUGUUUGGGCUGGUGAAGAUCUUCACAAUCUAGUUGCCACAAAUAUUGAAAAGCUUGGAAUUUCCCUUGAAGGAUACGGAAAUCAAUACUUCAAGAAACUUGAUGUCAAGUUGGAAGAACUAGACAGAACAUUUCUUGGGGAAUACAAAUGUAUCAUCCACUCAAAAACUAAUGAAGUAAAUCUGGUCAAUUUAGCAAAAUGGGAGCCCCGACAUGGCAAAUUCAGGUACAGACAUCCAUGGGAACAAUACUUGAAAAUCGGAGAUCUUGUUCGUGAUUGUGCCAUUAACAUCGACGCUUUAAACACAUGUCUUAGCUCCUGCAUUAUGACACCAGAAGGAAAGAAAAUAAUUCAAGAAACAUGCACAAAAAUGAGCGUAGAGUGUGGAUGUGCAUUGAAGGAAUUAGCAUUGUCAAUGAAGACAAUGAUCAUUUAUCCAACAACUGAUUCUCAUAUUCUAAAGGCUAAAGCAGCAGCUGAAAAACUAAGGUCCAUAAUUAGAAGUGGUAACUUGGCUGAAGAAGCAGAGUUGCGGCAGCUGCUUCCGACGACAAGAGUAGCUUCACUGAUGCUAGAUUUUGUCUCCAGCUCUGUGGAAAUCUUGGACUCUGUUAAUCAUCUUGCUGUUCUUAUGAAAUUCAAGAUUUUGGCAUCGAAACCAAAGCGAUUGGGGAGCAAGAACAGAAUCCCGAGUGGCAAUAUUGGAGAAGCACAUAUUGCAAUUAAUGUUGAGUGAUACCUAGGUUAACACGCAAUCUUCAUUGUAAAAAGAGUUCGUUUUCAUAACGGAUAAAUCUGGAGGAUCAGUGGUACAUAGUCCGAAUCUCGCUAGAUAAUGAGUCCACGUGUUUACUCUUUUUUCACUUCGAAACUCGUUGAAUAUGGGCCCGUCCCUUUACCAUUGUUCACUUGUUUAAAUAUAAGCUUUUUGGAUGA